AUGGACGCGGUGGUUUCGGCACUUCAGAAGGGCGACGUCUCGUUCAUGAAUGACGUCGAGGCCGUGCGCGAUUUUCUAGAUGCUGGUUGGGACGCCAACAAAAGACACGAGGAUUAUGGAGUUACGCUCCUUCAUUUCACCGCUGCGUACGGGGACCCUAAAGUCGUUCAGCUCCUUCUAGGGCACGGUGCGCACGUUGACCUUAGAACCGGCCGCGUACUGCUACGUGAACGAUCCUGGUCGACCUGCGGGCGCCUCGCACCAGGGCGGCGUCGAGGCGAAAGCAGCAGUCUACGGCGUCGCCCACGCGAUCUAUCCCACCGCUCGUGCAUCAAUCCGCCGCGACAACUGCCAGGACGAGUUGACGCGGCUCUGCGGCGACGUGCCUCCGCCGCCAGAUUUCCGGACGAACGCCACGUGUCAGAAGGCGCGGCGAGCAGUAGCUGAGGAGUGGCGCGCGGCGUUCGACGCGGGGCCGGCGCCCGAAGGCUACGGCCGCGCCGUCGGCGUCCACGUCCGCGUGCCGGAGGGAGGCGCGGCGCUGGGGCACCUGGAGCGCUACGCGAGAGAAAUUGCACGACUUGCUGGCCGGGAGCAACGCGACGGUCGUGGUCUUCGGCGAGCGCUCCGGCGACACGAUCAAAAUCGUCCAGAGCCUCGGGCCCCGCACCGUCGUCGUCCCACGAGGGCCGGAGCCCCCUCGGCGACCUGCGGGCGAUGGCGCACGUGGGGAUAUUAGCGGUCCACGGCUCCUCGUUUUCGGUCAUUGCCUCGAUCCUGCGCGCCGGCCCGGCCAUUUCGGAGCACCGCGCGCCGAUCCACGGCCGCUACGCGGGCAACACGUACCCGUGCCAACUCGGCGACUCGUGGUGGUGGUCGCCGGGCUUCGGGCGGGACGACUGCCCGGAGGGAGGGUUCUUCAAGCGACCGGCUCGCGGCGAUGGCGGGGACGGGGUACGGUAA